UAAGUUUAUAUUUUUAUUUGUAUUUUUAUUUGUAGAUAGUAAUAUAAAGAAAUAUUAAUUAAAAAUGGAAAAUACAGUACCAGAACCAAAGUAUCUUUUACGUAAUAAUAUGGGACCCGUUCAUUGUCUUUCAUUUUAUCUUACUUCUACCAGGGAACAUUUAUAUGCUGGUUGUUCUUCAGGCAAUAUUUACAUUUGGGAUUUGGAGACUAAUAGGGUUGCGAAACAGUUUCAUGUAGGAGAAAAAGAUCCCUGUCUAACUAUGCUUAAUAUGAAUGACAAUCAUUUAUUAGUCCAACAAAAAUCAGGUAGUAUCAAAAUGUACAAAUCCGCUGAAUCAUAUUGGGAAAUAGAUAGAGAAAUUCAUCUUGAUAAUUAUACCUUUUGCAGAUCUCAAAUAUUAUCGGAAGAUGUUAUCAUUGUUCCUCUUAAAAAUUCUAACAUUGGAUUGUAUUCCACCCAAAAUUUAGACAUGAUCACGACGUUAAAUUGCGAACAAAUCUCACGUGGGAAAAACUUAGGUGAAGUAAUGGCUAUAAAACCCUUGUCAUCUGAUAAUCAACAAGUUCUUAUCGCUUACGAGCAUGGAUUACUUGCAUUAUGGGAUAUAAGAGAAAGAAAAGUCCUUCAUUAUAUGCAUAUUGAAUCUUUCCCCAUGACUCUUGACUUUGAAACUAAAAAUAUGCAAGGAAUAGUUGGUUUUCCUUCUGAUAAAUUGCAGAUAUUUAGUUUAUUAUCCGACAAAUUAAUAGAUAAAAAGCAAAUAACUUUAAGAACAUCUGGUACGUCUGUUACAAGUUUAAGACCGGAUACAAAAAUUUGUGCUGUUGGUAGCUGGAACGGUCGUAUUAGAUUAUACGCUUGGAAAAAGUUACAAUGUUUAGCUGUGAUUAAUGAAUAUACAGAUAUUGUCUACGAUAUAGUUUAUUCGCAUAAAAAAGUACAAUCGUACGAUUGUAAAUGUUUAAUGGCCGCUGUAGGAUUAAAUGGUUCUAUAUCUUUAUGGGAUCUUUAUAAUUGAUGAUAUAUUGAAUCAAUUUUAGGAUUAAAUAUCUUUCUUCCACUGUAAAUAUUAAAUAAAUAUAUAUACAUUGUUUUU